UCCGCGGACAUCCCAUCUGAACGGUGUUGUUUGUGGUUUUGUCUGAGUAGGCUACUUCCAUCCAGUAGUGCUCACACAGACAGUUUAGUGAUAUUUUUUCGCCGGGAAACAUCUUGUCACAGCCAGAGGUUUCGGGACUGAGCAGCGCUCUGAGUCCAUGAAAACAGGAGAGGAGCAAAAACCAAGAGAAGAAGUCAACUUCACCUGAACAAGGACACAAGCAUAUACACAUGGGGCAGGGAGAGGCUUCAGCACGAGGGACGACCAUGGAGGGUGACUGUCUCAGCUGCAUCAAGUACCUCAUGUUUGUCUUCAAUUUCCUCAUCUUCCUGGGGGGUUCUUUCCUCCUAGGAGUGGGAGUGUGGGUACUGGUGGACCCCACAGGAUUCAGGGAAAUUGUAGCAGCCAACCCCCUGCUAUUCACUGGUGUCUACAUCAUCUUGGGCAUGGGAGGCAUGCUCUUCCUUCUGGGGUUCCUGGGCUGCUGUGGAGCCAUCCGUGAAAACAAGUGUCUACUCCUCUUCUUCUUCAUGCUCAUCCUCCUCAUCUUCUUAGCAGAGCUGGCUGCUGCCAUCCUUGCCUUCAUAUUCCGGGAGCAUCUGACCAGAGAGUACUUCACCAAGGAGCUGAAGAAACAUUAUCAGGGCUACAACAACACUGACGUGUUCACCUCCACAUGGAAUGCCAUCAUGACUACAUUUGACUGCUGUGGGGUGAACAGCCCAGAGGAUUUUAAGGACAGCCUGUUCACAGUGAUCAACCAAAACCAUAUUGUGCCAGCAGCCUGCUGCAAGCGUGAUACCGGGGAGUUGGCUCAUAUCAGCAAGGACCAGUGCUUAAUAGGCAGUAUGAUGUUCCGCAAUAACAAGGGCUGUUACUCUGCAGUAGUUGAUUACUUUGAACUGUACAUCUAUGUGGCUGGAGCGCUGGCCAUUGUGGUGCUGACCAUUGAGCUGUUUGCUAUGGUCUUCGCAAUGUGUCUCUUCAGGGGGAUCCAGUAGAUCUGCUCCAUCUGUGAACUUUACAAAAAAACAAAACAAAAGGGAAUUCAGGAGAAAAGAACAAAACGGACACUUGUUGUAAAUUUGUUGAUCUCUUUUUCUAUUGGCUAAUUGGUAGAAAUACAAACUCUCAAACGCUUGUACUUCACAGCUGGACUUUUGAGGUACUGGGUGGCAAAAAAACACACACACGCAUAUGCAUACACACAAACCAUAGAAAAAGUGGGAGAUCAGAAACAAAACUGAUGUAAAAAAGAUUUGUGUGUAAAGUGGAAACACUAAUUUGUGGACCAGGUCUAGCACAGACUGGGUGUAAAGUGGACCGGGCAUGAGAACCAGGUAAAGCCUGAGCAGAAGGCACUGCACUGACUUUUGGAUGAAGAAUAUUUAUAUUAAGUAAAGUUGGCUUAACUGUAAAAAAUGUGUUUUAUGUACACUUUGGCUGUUACCCUUUCAUAAUGUAUACUGUAACACACUCCGUCCUUCCACAUGCCUUUUUACAGCCACUCUUCUUUAAUGCUGUAUUAUAUUAAGCUGUGUGUGUGUGUGUGUGUGUGUGUGUGUGUGUGUGUGUGUGUGUGUGUGUGUGUGUGUGUGUGUGUGUGUGUGUGUGUGUACAUAUUGGAUGCUCUUUUUGAAUGUGUAUAAACUAGUUUGUGAGCAUGUGAGCUUGUGAGCUUGUGGCUCCUCAUGACCCCUCCCAAGCUUGAAAGCCAACCUCUGAUCUGAUCCUUUUUCUAUUUGUAUGGUGAUGUUUAUUGCAUUAGUGGUCAUAUGUGGUUUUAGGUGGUGAAAUGUAUGUGUAUGCAUUUGUAUUAGAUUCUUGGAAAGUCAAUGACAUAAAUGGCAU